AUGAAGCAAAUCGUGUGCUCAGGAACUCCAUAUGAGAUCGGGUACACACAUGGCAUAGAAUCAAAGGAUGAAAUUUCCCGCGGAAUUACCUUCUACGCAGCAUUAUUCGUGCAGAAGUCUGGACUAGAUUGGCCGCAGGUACAAGCGCAAGCCAGCGAAUUCGCCGAAGCCAUAUUGGCCAAAUGGCCGCGUUAUUAUGAGGAGCUGACAGGUGUUGCCGAAGGAGCUGGUCGCGAUAUCCUCGACAUAAUUGCGCUGAAUGUUCGCUCCGAGAUCGUCUUUGGACGGUUUAGCGAUGGGUGUACCAGCCUGUACUGUAAAAGGGAUGGGUAUGCAUAUAUAGGUCAAAACUGGGACUGGAUGGAGGAUCAGAUAUCGAAUCUUGUCCAGCUCACGAUCAUACAAGAAGGACUUCCCUCAAUCCAAAUGGUCACAGAGGCAGGUAUAAUUGGGAAGAUAGGCUUCAAUUCGCAGGGUGUCGGAGUCUGCUUCAACGCAAUCCGGGCCAGGGGCGUGAAUAAAAACGGCCUCCCUUCCCAUCUGGGGCUGCGACUUGCCCUGGAAAGCGCAUCUGCUGAAGCAGCAGCAAGUGCCCUAGAGGAAAUCGGCAUGGCCAGUUCAGCGUAUAUUCUUGUUGGCGAUGCGACAACGGCCAUCGGUCUGGAAUUUACCUCUACAACGUUUGCCAGGCUGCCGCUGAAUGAGCAUGGGUUUAUUGCCCAUUCCAACCAUCUCAUCCUUCACCACCCGAAUGUUUACGAGCCUAAAUGGCUGGAGGACUCCCCGCUUAGAACGGAGACGAUGGGGAGGAAUGUUCUCCAGACUAAGAAGAUGUCGUGGGAAGCCUUCGGUGGCCUGUUCGAAGAUGAGACCAACUACCCAUGCUCUAUAAGUCGGGCUGCAGAGGGCGCCAGUGAUUUUGCGACGCUGUUCAACAUCACAAUGGACCUCGAGAGGAAGAGUGCGGUUGUGAAGGAGGGAAGGCCUAUUGCAGGCGACACCACGGCUACCAAGUUGAACCUGUCAUUUUAG